AGAAAAAUGGCGUUUGAUGUAGACAAACCCUUGAAAUCGUUCAAUUUGUGCGCUUUUCGUUUGAAAUAUAGGAGAGAGGGGGGUGGUCUAUAGUUUUUCGGUGGUUUUUGUUUUCAAAAGGUGUGCGAUCUUGGAAAGAGCUCUCACCCACCUUCUCUCUCUCUCUCUCUUGCUAAAGGGAGAAAGAAAAAAGAAAAAAGAAGAAACAAAACUAAGAGGGGAGGUACGAUGGCGGGACGGACGGGACGGACGGACGGGCGGGUUUUCUCUUCCAUUUUCAAAGUCAUUGAUGGUCGAGACUGGCAGUCGACUCAGUCGUUGUCCUACAUUCAAACUGUUCGGGUCAGGACGAAAAGAAAGACUUGAUUUCUUCCAUCAGUUCCAUCAGUUCCAUCCAGUAGUUGAUUGGUUGUGUUUGUGUUUGUGUUUGUGAUUGAAUUGUGAACGGACGUUGCGUCCGCCGACCGGCCAAUCGACGACACUUUUGUUUCUUUAUUUCUUUCUUUUUGGUUGUCUUUCCUUUCUUUUUUUCUGGAUCGGAUUUCGUGUUGUUUGCUCAACGGAUCGCCAUGAUCUAUAGCCCCAAGUUUUAGCGCGUUAAACAUUCUGAUUCGGUGCAACAUUCUGUCAUUUCAUGGAGAUAUGAACUGGAUGCUAGUUGACAGGACGAGACAUUAUGACGGUGACGGUGGUGCUAUCUAGCGAUCCUGGUGGAAAGAUGAGCUUAUUCCAGGACCUGAAGCUCAAACGGAGAAAAGUCGAUUCGCGAUGCAGUAGCGAUGGUGAAAGCCUGAUGGAGUCGAGCACCUCGGCCUCACCCGACUGCAGCGCUGCCACGCCGCCCAGGAGCGGUGGCGAGGACGGUUGCGACGGAAGUGCCAGCCACUCCGUCCGCCAGGAAGGUGGCGAAGAAUGUGCCGCCGGCCAUAGCAACCAAAUCCUAGACCAUCCACCUGGUGCUGGUGGUGGUGCGACGAGCAUCACGGUCGUUUGCAAUGGACGAAUUAUCAAACAAGAGGAUGAAGAAGACGAAGAAGAAGAUGACGGCGUAGAAGAGGACGGCGAUGAAGACGAGACGCCAGAACGAUCGUCUCACGUAUCCGCAUCGAGCGCCAGCGACGGAGGAUUCGUCUCCUCACCUGGGUUAUCCCGCGAAAGUAGGGCGACGCCGGAUUCUUUAGGCGCCGACGACCUCCAGCACCGGCUGUGCGAUGAUUCCGGAACGGGAUCCGCUUUAAUGAUCGUCGUCAAACAGGAAGCGCUCGACGACGAGGAAGAGGCCGAUGAUCAUCACGCAGAGGAGUCGGCAGUCACGGCUGCCGAGCGACAACAAGCUCAAAAGCGAGCACGGAAUCGAGACGAGGCGGAUGAGGCGGUGACGGUGAAAUCAAUCAAGACGAAAAGCUUGAGCUCACCAUUCCAAGAUGACGAUCAGCUGCGGCCGCUUGUCAAAGAAUUUGUAGCGGACGAGGGCGCCAUUGCGUCGGCCGUCGGAUCGAAUCCGUCUGUGCAUUCACCGCCGACGGCGGUGGUCAAAACGGAAAGCCGACACCACAGUCCGUCGUCAGCCACUUGCGUAAGCAGUUCCGAUCACAGCGGCAUCCGCUCGUGGCCCACCCGAUCCUCACCCAACGGCCACACCAGCAAUAGCAACAGCAAUAACAACAACAACAACAACAACAGCAACAAAUCGAUCCGGCCGGAAAUCAUUUUUAGCCACCGGAGAGCGUCGUCGUCCACCGUCGUCGGAUCUAUUUCACUGGAUUCAUCCGCUAACGGUGGAUCCAGGACGGCAGCUCCUCUUUCGACGCAUCCGCCGGGCUGUGGCUCAUCGCCCGAUCGUCAUCACCCUCCUCAUCAGAACGGAAGCAAUAAGCAACAGUUGAAUUGUUCCUCUUCCGUCGCGGCUAAUCCUCGAGUGCCGUCGGUCAUCCUGGGCCAAUCUGGCGGAGUCAAGACGAUGGUGUGGACGGGCCAUUGGGCGGAUCAACAGCAGCAGCAGCAGCAGCAGCAGCAACAGCCGACACCGUCCCGGCCGCGCUCCGUGCCCAACGGCUUGGAUGUCCAACAGAGUUCGCCAUUGAUGAUGGCCGUCCAUCACAACAUCCGUCCAGGUGCUAAGCAGAACAACGGCAGGUUGGAGGGCAGCAACGUGCAAGAUGCAGCCAGCAUCCGCUUGUCGAUUGACGGAUUGCUUAGUCUGGCUCAGUCGUCAUCGGAGCGUCGCCAUGGCAACGUUUCUAGGUCAUCUCCUCUGCAGGCGAGUCCAAGUAGUAGCACAGUCAGUCCAACGGAAAGGCCUAGCGUGGUCAACAUCCAGCGGCUGAGUCCCACAUCGUCGUCGGCUUCUGUUUCCAUGGCCGUCGGUUCGUCGACCCCGCCUCAUUUCGCCUCUCCGCUGCGCGUCCAAACGCCCACCACUUCGACGUCGUGCUCGUCGUCGUCGUCGUCAUCGUCGUCGUCGUCUUCUCCUUCUCAAUUGUCUUCUUUGUCAUCACGUCAUCAGCAAGGAUCCGGCUCUCCUCCGGCCGUGGGUCUCUUGACCGUAGCCAGAAGCCAUCAUCACCAUCCGCCGGGCGGCUAUCCAUUUCCGGACACGCCUCCGUCCCUAUCGCUGGAUCGCGUCGGCCAACCCAAUGGCCACUUGAUGUCUUCGCCAUCAUCAUCCACCCGGCUGAUGGAGAACGGCCAUCACCAAGGUCUUCCGCCUUCCAUAUCGCGUCCGCCGGCCCUCCAUCUGUUGUCGCGAUCCACCAAUUUGUCUUCUUCUUCGUUGUCGUCGUCGUCAUCGUCGUCUUCUUCCUCGUCCUCCUCUUCGUCGUCAUCGUCAUCUUCCUCGUCUUCAUCACCUCCUAUUUCAGGCGCUUCCGGCUCGAACGCCAUGGCUCCGCCCCCUUCGUCCGGCACCAAUGGCCAACAAACGCUGUCGAUGGAGCGGCUGUGGGAAAACGCGGAGCGAUCGGCCGCCGUCGUCAAACAGCAACAACAUCAGCAACAACAGCAGCAACAACAGCAAAGGCCGGAUUCGCAAGCGCUGGACUAUUCCGUCUGUUCCGGCCGGUCGUCCAUCAUUGUCAGUUCCAAUAACGUCAUUAACCACCACCACCAGCAGCAGCAGCAGCAGCAGCAGCAGCAGCACCACCACCCUCACCCCCACCACCACAACCACCACAACCACAAUAAUCACCUUCACACUAACGGUCACCAUGACAACGGUAGCAAUCAGGCAGCGACCUCAUCCAUCCAUCAGCUUCCAUCGUCCAUCGUGACGGCCAUCAAUGGCGGAGGAGGUGGCGGCGGAGGUGGUGGUCGGUCCGCCUCCGUCAACGGCACUCACGGAGCACCCGACGGCAACCGGAUGGAAGAGGACGACGAAGACACGCCCAUGAUUUGCAUGAUCUGCGAGGAUAAAGCCACUGGGCUGCACUACGGCAUCAUCACCUGUGAAGGGUGCAAAGGUUUCUUUAAGCGGACGGUGCAAAACAAGCGCGUCUACACUUGCGUGGCCGAGGGCAAUUGCGAAAUCACCAAAGCGCAGCGCAAUCGCUGCCAAUAUUGCCGCUUUCAGAAAUGCCUGGCCCAGGGCAUGGUGCUGGCUGCCGUCAGGGAGGAUCGCAUGCCCGGCGGAAGGAAUUCCGGUGCUGUUUACAACCUGUACAAGGUCAAAUACCGCAAGCACAAGAAGAACAAUAAUAAAAACACGUCGGUGACGAACGGCGUGACGGCCGCUCUGGCCGUCAAGGCUGUCAUGGAAGCCAAUGCGGCAGCUAUGGUUAAUGGCAAGAUGCAGCAGCAACAACAGCAACAACAACAGCAACAGCAACAGCAGCAGCAGGUGAUGAGCAGUAACGGCAUUCACCGGAAAUCACCUGCCAGUAGUAUGGCCGUCAUGGAUCAACAGCAGCAGCAACAACAACAACAACAGCAGCAACACCAGCAGCCGCCGCAGCAGCAUCAGCUUCAACAUCAGCAGCACGGAAUGAUGGCCGGCUCGGGCCAGCACAACGGCCCACAACAGCAGCAUCAGCAAGUGCCACGGAUCGCCAACGGCAACAUUCUCAAGACGGCGCUGACCAACCCGAGCGAGGUGCUCCAUCUGAGGCGACGACUGGAGAGCGCCGUCACGUCCAGCCGGGACGCCAUCACUUUGCCUUACGAGACGGCCAUGCCCACCAUUUGCACGCUCAUUUAUUGUGAUGAGUUUGAAGACAUUGCUACCUUAAAGUUGGAUGAAUUACUGGACACCAAAGCCGAAUUGUCGGACAAACUCUGCCAAAUAGGAGACUCUAUAGUCUAUAAGCUGGUACAGUGGACCAAACGUCUUCCCUUCUACUCGGAGCUGCCCGUCGAGGUGCAUACGAGAUUGUUGACGCACAAAUGGCACGAACUGCUGGUGUUGACGACGUCCGCCUAUCAGGCGAUCCACGGGCCGCGCAAAACUUGGUCCGGUCCCGAACCCACCGAACACGAUUUCGUCCAACAGGUAUCAGCCAACCUAGUCACCCUUCAAACAUGUUUAGCCGCCAUGAUGGGUCGACCCUUGACCCUGGAUCAGUUGAGACAGGAUGUGGGCCUCAUGGUGGAGCGCAUCACCCACGUCACGAUGAUGCUGCAAAGGAGCCAGUUGCGGAUGGAAGAGUAUGUCUGUCUCAAAGUCAUCGCCAUGCUCAGCCAACCGAAAGGUAGCGGCAGCGUCGAACUGGAAGCCAUCCAAGAACGGUACAUGCAGUGCCUACAGAGCUAUGUCGAACACAACUAUCCACAAUCGCCUGGGCGAUUUUCUGAUCUCCUAUCACGUUUACCUGAGGUCCAAUCGGCUGCUACCUUGCUGCUGGAAAGUAAAAUGUUUUACGUUCCUUUCCUGCUGAACUCGGCCAUUCACAGAUAGCCACAGUUUGUGUGCGUGUGUCUGCGUGUUUUGUAUUUCUCCGCUUCUAUCAUCGUCUUCGAAAGUUGAUCAUCGUCUUGUGCAUCAUCGUCGUCCUCGUCUCUUCCCUGCCCUCGUGUCGUCCUCUGACUUCUUCGGCAUUGUUUCAUUCAAGGCAGCAAAGUUGUGCUUAAAGACCAAUGCAUAUCCAAAUCUCUUUCUUUCUCUCUCACCUUCACUCCCCUUCACUCCCCUCUCACACACAACAGGGGCGCAGAAAUCAGGAAAAGAAAGGUAUUUCACUUGUUUUCUGGCCUUCUCGUGAGCAGAUGUGUGUGUGCGUGUGUUUGUACGCGUGCGAACGAGCGUCAAUUCUAAUUCUAAUCUCUCGAUCCAGUUUCAAACGUCAACCAUUUUUUGUACGACAAACAAAACAAAAAAACAAGACAUUUUAGCCAAAACACGAUAAGAAAAAAAGAUGUAUCCGAAUUCUAAAAUUCGCCUACUUCUUUAUAAUAAAACAAAAGCAGAUUUCUCUGGUUUUACCACCAAACGGUAUAAACAAAAACAAAAAAAAAAAGGAAAAAAAAAAAGAAAAAAAAAGAAAAAAGGAUAACCGAUAACAACAAAAAGAUUUGUUAAAAAAUUAUAAGAAAUAGCUUUUCAAUUGUUUUGUUUUCUUUCCCCCCCUUUAUCCCUCCGCCAUGUCUCCCGUCUCACAAUUUAAAAAAAAAAAAAGAAAUUUAAUAAUUCGGGCUUAUCAGAGUUUUUGUAAUAUUUUUUUUUUUUCAUUUGUUGCUCUUCUUGAUAACCCUGUAGGAGUCACGUGACCACACAGCUAAGAUGAAUCGAGUGAAUGAGUUCAGUUUGUGUAUUACGUGUUUGUGCCCUGCUUGAAAGUGUCCCCGCAAAGCUUUUUCGUUUCGAAAUCACGCGAGGGGGUUUAAUUAUUUUUUUUCUUUUGUUUGUUUGAAUGAUUUGACGUUUGAUAUAUACAUACAUAUAUUCUAUACAUAGGUAAAAGCAUAAGGAUAAGAAAAAGAAACACAAGUUUUCCUAUUACAUUUUGUGUGUCAGUCUGGGCCACCUCUCAAAGAGUUCAAAUUCAAUUUUGAAGAAUGGCCUACUCUUGAAAAGAGUUAAUUCUUUUUUAUAUGUAUUAUUAUUAUUGAAUUUUUUAUCGAUUCAUACUUUUGUUUAUUUUGCAAGAAAAAGAAUGGAAUUUAAACAAAUUUGUUGAACUUUUUAUUUUAUUUUUUUGACUUUUUUGAAAUUUAAUUUUCAAAUUUCUUGUUUGGCCAUACGAACUUUUGCGGUUGUCAUUUGUUUUCCCUACAACUGUCAUUAUAGACGUUAAAAACAAGCGAGAAACGCGAGUCGCAUGACUAACAGAAGAGAAAUUGUUUGUCUGUUUGUGUGCGUGGCUUUUUAUCGCUGCUGUGGUCGGUGGCUCGGUGCCCCCAUGUGAGAGCAAAAAACAAAAUUGGCAAGUUGUUUAUGAUUGAAUUCUAAAAUUCUGUGUCCGCCCUGUGUUUCACGAGAACGAAUGCUGCCCUAGCCCAAUCUCCCGCCGUCUUAUUUCAUUUCCAUCCCACUGACUUUCAUGUGUGAUUCCCUGCCGUUUUUUCUUCUUCUUAUUCUCUCCCAUGAUUUUCACUGUCUGUCUUCUCUUUCUCUCUUAGCCCACCCUUUCCGCAAUUCUUUUACAGUAAACGAAAAAACAAACAAAAUCUAUCAAAUAAAAAAAAUAAUAAUAAUAAUGCAUCCAUUGUUGUAAGUGGGUGCGAGUGUUUGUUAUGUGUGUGUACAGUGUUCAGCUGGACAAAAAAAAAAAAGCAACAAAAAACAUGUCAAAAUGAAUCCUAAGUUCUUGGUCUCUGGCAAACCUAUCUACACUCGUUGUUGUGUGGUUUCCUAGCCUUGUAUUCGCGUCAAGAAAAUAAAUAACAAACCCAUGUUUUUUUUGGUCUAAA